AUGAAUGGGCCCCUCUACAUGCAGUCCUGCAACAGCACUGUCCUCGUCCGGCGCGUCAAGCGGAGGGGAGACAGCCCCGCGAAACAAUUGGCCCGCUGGUUUGUCGAGAAUCAAAUUGGCUUCUCCUUGAAUCUCCUGGCCCUCCUGUUCUGCGCCCACUAUCUACUUCCUCGCUCCCAGGCCUACACGUCCAAAUUCUUCACCCUGCAGUACUAUAACGAGCAGUCUCAGAAAUAUGGCCUUGGCUUCGACGACACAUAUUAUGUGUUCUUUGUUGUCGUGCUGUUUACCGGCCUGCGCGCCGCCACCAUGGAGUACAUCCUGGCCCCCUUCGCUAAUUACCUGGGCCUCCGCAAGAAGAAGGAGGUGACGCGGUUCAGUGAACAGGCUUGGCUGGUGAUAUAUUGCGUGGUUUUCUGGUCGCUGGGUGUCUAUCUUCACUACACCUCCCCAGCAUGGCUCAAUCUGAGAAAUUUGUGGGCUACCUGGCCGAAUCGGGAGCUUGGAGGUCUGUUCAAGUUCUAUGUCCUCACUCAGCUAGGUUUCUGGUUCCAGCAGGUGUUUGUGAUCAAUAUCGAGGAGCGCCGCAAGGAUCACUGGCAGAUGCUGAGCCAUCACUUCAUUACGAUUGUCCUGAUUCACGCGUCGUACCGGUAUCAUUUCAACUACAUCGGUAACGCCGUGUUUAUACUGUUCGACCUUGGUGACAUCCUUCUUUCGGGUUCCAAAUGCCUGAAAUAUGCGGGCUUCACCAACGCAUGCGAUGUCGGGUUUGGUCUUUUCAUGCUGUCGUGGUUCGUGAACCGUCAUGUACUCUUCAACAUCGUCUGCUGGUCCAUUUACAAGCAUCCUUCUGAGAUUCUCACCCGUGGAUGCUUCCGAGGACCCCAGAGCGAACUUGAGGGGCCAUUUGAGCAGCCUGCGGGGUAUGGUCCCUAUUUCGAGCCGUUUCUCAAGGCCGAUGGGCUCGUGUGCUGGCAGCCUAUCGUCACAAACAGCUUCCUCGCACUCCUGCUUGCGCUGCAGGUCAUCUGCAUUGUCUGGUUCGCCAUGAUUGUCAAGGUUGCCAUUCGUGUCGUGCGAGGUGCUGGGGCCGAUGACGUCCGGAGCGAUGACGAAUGCGAGGAUGAAGAGGAGGAAGAGGACGAGUUUGUGUAUGAAGAGGCCCAGCCGUUUGAGGAAGAGGUGGGCGUUGAGGAGCUUGAUCUGAAGAGCUGGGAGCGGAGGACCGGUGUCAAGAGGACGUCUACCACAGCAACUGGAGUCAGCUUGCCAGGCCACAGCGACCGCAAGGAAUUGUUGGGCCGGAUUGGCUGUGAGAAGCAGGUCGACUGA